CAUACUUCAUCAUUAAAUUAGCUCUCGGUUAUUUCACUUUUCCGGUAAUCGAAGCGGUGGGACGGGGAGAGCUUUGGAUCCCAAAAUUAGGCACUGAGUCUUAUAUAAAUGAACACAGCAUUUCAUUUCAAUCCAAAUCACAGAGAUGAACAGAUUGAAGCUAAUGGAGAAGUCACAAUCGCCUCCCACCAUGGACCGCCGUUGACCGAUCUUCUUCAUAUCGCUCUCACUUUGAUGAUUUUCAAUGGAUUGCACCAAUACCUAUCUGAUCAAAGAGACAAGUGGAGGCUCAGAAGAUCAAGAAUCUGGAAACAGUCUGAAUCGCUUCCUUGAACUUCCUGAAGAUGUAAUUGCUAACAUCCUUCAUCGAUUGGGCGCUUAUGAAAUUCUGAAAAAUGCACAAAGAGUAUGUUCUUUGUGGAGAAAAAUCUGCAAAGAUCCGUCCAUGUGGCGUUUCAUUGAUAUGAAACAUCUGGGUCGCUAUGGGUACUUUGGUGAUGUGCGCAACAAAUACCUUGAAACCAUGUGUCGUCAGGCAGUCGAUAUGAGCCAAGGGCAAUUGACUGAACUUCACAUUGAUCAUUUUGCUACAGAUCAACUGCUCCAUUACAUCUCUGAGAGAUCAAGUAUGCUAAAGUCCCUUCAACUCAGGGGUUGUGAUGAAGUAGGGAUUGGUUUCAUUGAAGCGGCUAAAACUUUUCCUCUACUCGAAGAACUUCACUUUGUGUACGUCUUAGGUGUUCGCAACUACAUCGAAGCUAUUGGCCAGUCCUGCCCGAAGUUGAAGUCAUUCACAUUGAGCUCGUCAGACUACAUAGGUGGUCCUCUGUAUGGAUAUGGUGAAUGCAACGACAAUCUUGAAGCACUAGCAAUUGCAAAAACCAUGCCUGGUUUGCACCACCUGGAAAUAAUAUGACAAAUGAGGGCCUGCAAGCCAUUCUUGAUGGGGGUGUCCUAAUCUAGUGUCUUUGGACAUACGGAGAUGCUACAAUGUGAAUCUGCGCGGAGAGAUUGGUGAGAGAAUCGCUGCAAAAAUAAAAGAUUUCAAAUGCCCGAAUGAUCCAGUGGAAGGUGGUUCUAAUUGGGAUGCUGAUCCUUUUUAUUAUGAAGAUUAUAGUGAUGAGUGUGACGAAACCCCAUACAUGGACUGCUCUUCUGAUUAUGACUACUUAUUUGGUGACUCCAUUUAUGAAUUUGAUUAUUAAUUUCUCUACUGGUUGGGGGUCAGAUUUUUUUUUUAAAUUUUAAUAUUAGCCGAUUAAGUUGUAACUCUUCUUUGCAAGGUUUAGACGCUUUUUGAUGAUGA